AUGAAAAACACUAUUCUCAAACACCUCGAAGUCCCCCAUGACGGAGGGCAAAUCCCCAGCCGAUGGACCAACAAUGAUAUUAAGCCCAUUGAAGCAGACCGGCGAACCUGGAAUUUCUGGACUUUCCAUAACUUUUGUAUGCUCAUCCACUCAAACAUUUCAGUCUACAUGAUAGGAAGUUCGUUGAUUGCCAUGGGAUUAACCUGGCGUCAGUCGCUGGCUGCGAUCGUUGCUGGCAAUAUAAUUGCAGUUGGGCUACUUGUGAUAAACUCGUUCCCGGGAAUGUUCUACCAUAUCGGGUUUCCUUUAGUCAAUAGGUAUGUCUGGGGUCUCUACGGUAGUCUAUUUGUUCUGUGGAAUCGGAUUUUACUCUCCAUCGUCUGGUAUGCGGUUCAAGCAUGGAUUGGCGGUGAAUGCAUAUACGUCUCAUUGUGCGCAAUUUGGCCAUCUCUCCAAAGCCGGAUUCCGAAUCAUAUGCCCGAGUCGACAGGAAUGACCACGGCGCAAUUUGUGGCGUACAUUAUCUUCAUGGGACUCUCCUUGCCGAUGUUACAUAUCCGUCCACACAAACUGCAGAUGUUCUUCUAUAUCUCGUCAGCCAUAAUCCUAGUGUUCGAGAUCGUCAUCCUUAUCUGGGCGCUGGUCAGCAUGGACGACAGGGGGUUUGGCAAUACGAUCUCAGAGCCCGGAGCAGGUGGCUCCGGAUGGACGAUUGCCUUUGGUAUCAUGAGUACUAUGGGAGGUGCAGCUGCUGGGAUCUUAAACCAGAAUGAUUAUACAAGGUUUGCGCGAACACCUCGCGAGGCAAUCCUCGGACAACUGGUCAGCUUUCCCUGUUAUAGCAUCCUAUGUGCGACCGUGGGAAUCCUCGUCACGGCGGCCACGCAGAAUCGCUAUGGUCAACCGCUGUGGAGCUUGCCCGCCCUGCUCAGCACUAUCCUGGACGAUGGGGGUUCACGCUCGAGAGUGGCCGCGUUCUUCGGGGGAGCUGCGCUCAGUGUGUCGCAGAUGGGAUUGAAUGUGCCUGCAAAUGCCUUCGCGGGAGGGUUUGACAUGGCGGCCACAUUUCCGAAAUACAUAAACCUUCGUCGCGGCGCCUAUAUCACAGCCCUGGUGUCGAUCGCAUGCAAUCCAUGGAAACUGGUCAACACCGCCACCACGUUCUUAGCAGUUCUUAGUAGUUACUCCAUCUUUCUAGGACCCAUGGUAGGGUCGAUGAUAGCGUCUUAUUUCACCGUGAUGCGGCGCAAGAUCAAGGUGGAGGAUUUGUUUCCAUGUCACGAGGGGACCAAAGGCAUCUACUGGUACACAUACGGGGUCAAUUGGCGAGCCCCCGUUGCGUGGCUUUGUGGAAUGGUUCCUUCACUCCCUGGGUUUGUGGCCCAUGUCGAUCCCGGCGUGGUAAUUCCCCUGGGGUUCACGCGGAUUUACUACGUUUGCUUCCUAACGGGCACGGCAAUUAGUGCCGCGGUAUACACGGCAUUGCAUUACAUCUUUCCGACCCCUGAGGUGCGGACUUUUGUCGAGAAAGCGCCGUCGCCGGCAGUGUUGAUGCAGGAAUACCGAUCACGAUGGGACCGAGAGGACGACUAG